GCGCAGGGGGGAGGAGGAGGAGGUGGAGGUGAUCUGAUCUGUGCUCGGCCCCAGUUUGAUCAUGGUUCCCGUCGUCGCUUACCCGUCCCAAUCCGCCAUCAUUGUCUCCUCCAGCAACACCCGUUUCAUCUAGCGAGAGGCAGCACUUGCAAUUAUGGAGGCUUAAAGAGGAAAAGAGUUCUAGGGGAGCUUCCCUUCCCCUGCGGUAGUUGGCUUCAAAGGAACUAUAUUCUGGAGGGUGUGAAGAUUUUUUUGAAGACCUGGAUACUGGGAAUAGGAUGAAUUCUGUGACUGCCGACUGCACUCCAAAAUGCCGAUCUCUGCAGCACGCCCUCGACCUGAUUUCAGUGAUGACGAAGGGAACUGAAGGGCAGAAUAAGGUCUUUCUUUCAUCUUAUUGCUAUAAUGCAACUUCCCUGAAGGAUGGUUUUGGACGAACUGUUCUACAUAUGGCUGCAUCUUGUGGUAAAAAGUCAGUUUUGGGUUGGCUUCUUGAAAGAAAAGGGUCUGAUCCCUCGGUCAAGGAUAAAGAAUCUGGAUGGACUGCUCUACACAGAAGCAUCUUUUACGGACACAUUGAUUGUGCUAUGUUUCUUCUGAAGCACGGCGGGAGUAGCCUAUACGUACAGGAUAAGGAAGGGUUAUGUACACUUGACUUGGCCAUGAAAGAUCGACCAUCAUAUGUGAUUUAUAGAAAGACUGAUCCUACUGAAGUCUACACAUGGGGAAACAACACUAAUUUCACGCUCGGUCAUGGAAACCAACAAAGUAAACAUCACCCCGAGCUUGUUGAUUACUUCUCAAGGUCGGGAACGUAUAUUAAGCAGGUUGUGCUUUGCAAGUUCCAUUCUGUGUUCCUCUCCCAGAAAGGUCAAGUGUAUACUUGUGGUCAUGGUCAAGGAGGGCGACUUGGACAUGGAGAUGAAGAAACAUACCUAGUUCCUCGAAUGGUGGAAGGAUUAGCAAGCCAUCGUUGUUCUUGGGUGGCAGCUGCAAAGGACCACACCAUCGUAUUGACAGAAGAUGGAUCUGUUUAUGCUUUUGGACUGAAUACUUAUAACCAGCUGGGCAUUGCACCUCCACCUGCCAGCAGUAGCUUACCAAGACAGGUACAGUCCAAAAACCUUAAAGGAAGAAUUGUGAUUGGAGUUGCUGUGGGGAGGUUCCACACUGUUCUUUGGACAAAGGAUGCUCUGUACACCAUGGGGUUGAAUGGUGGUCAGCUUGGUUACCUGUUGGAUCCAAAUGGGGAACGUUGCGUGCUUGCACCUCGUCAAGUAUCUGCUCUGCAUCAUAAAGAUGUGGUGAUCUCUCUGGUAGCAGCAAGUGAUGGGGCCACCGUCUGUGUUACCGAAAGAGGAGAUGUUUACCUUUUAACUGGCUAUCAGUGCAAGAAGAUUGCUUCAAGGCAGUUGAACUUGAAGAAAGUUCUAGUUACUGGUGGCUAUCUGGAUCAUAAAGUUGAUCCUCAGGUACUUAAUGAAGGAGGAGGUGAAAAAGUUUGUAUAUUGGCCCUGGAUGAAGCAGGCAGGAUUUCUUGUUGGAGAUCAACAAACUGCUUGACUAAACAGUGUCGUUGGGCAUAUGGGCGGCAGGUUUUCAUGUCGGAUAUUGCUUUGAGCAAGAAUGGAAUGAUUUUUGUAACACAGGAUGGGGAUGGGUUUACAGGAAGCUGGACUGAAUCAGAAAAAAAGAAUUUAGAAAAGAAAGAUGAAUUGUCCUGUAUUCUGAAGAAUCCUAUGGAUCAAGUGAUUAACACUACGGAAUUGAGCAACAACUUGUAUGAAAGGAUAAAACUGGAGAAACUACCUUGCGUUCAUCGUGCUGUUUCCGUUGCAAGUGAUUCAAAUGGGCGCAACUUUGCUAUUUUGCAGUCUGAUCCUAAAACUAGCCUCUAUGAAAUUCCAAAUGCGUCAUCUUCAAGUUUUACUGAAGACUUAGGAAAACUUCUCAGGGAAGUCAGUGAAACUGACAAUAUCCAUGAUGUCACGUGUCAGGUUGGCAAUCAAAUUUUUCCAAGUCAUAAGUACAUCCUGGCUAUGCGAUCCGACUUCUUUCGAAAGCUUUUCUUUCCUGAUGGAGACCACGUGGAGAUCCCCGAUGCCCAUUUGCAAGACGAGGAUGUAGUGGGAUGUGACUUGUACGUUCUGGAUAAGAUUCAAGCCGACUUGUUUGCCUAUAUUUUACAAUUCAUAUAUACAGACACCUGUGACUUGCUAACAGACGGCUACAAACCAAAAAUCCAGUUCACAGAUAAAAUAGAAACUUAUCAAAAUCCACUGAUAUCCACAUUGGAGAGCUCUAUGCAGAAAUUCAAAUUUUGUGAAGAUUUUAAAGGGAAAUCUGCAUCAGCUAUUUUUGAAAACCAGCAGAGUCAGAAAUCAAAGUCCAAAAACAAACCCAGCAAAAAAAAUAAAGGGCUUAAUGAAGAGGCAAAUCCAGUUAAAAUGCUGCAGGCUACAGCAAAAAAACUUGGUCUUACUAGUCUAUCUGCAAGGCUAGAUGGCGUUAAAUUGGAAAAUUGGAAGAUAAAAAUUGUGCACAAAAUAACUGGAAACAAAUUUAAGUUUGCUCAGAAAAAGUGUUCCUAUUUGUGUGAUGUAACUUUGAAGUCAGAAGAUGGAAAAGAGUUUCUCUGCCACAAAUGUGUGCUGUGUGCAAGACUGGAGUACUUUCACAGUAUGCUGAGUAACGCCUGGAUUGAGGCCUCAACUUGUGCAGCACUGGAAAUGCCCAUCCAUUCUGAUAUUUUGGAAGUUAUUUUGGAUUAUAUUUAUACAGAUGAAGCUCCAGCUGUUAAAGAUUCACAAGACAUUGAGUUUAUUUGUAAUGUGCUGGUGGUGGCCGAUCAACUGCUUAUCAGUCGUCUCAAGGAACUUUGUGAAGUGGCCAUUACAGAAAAAUUAACUUUGAAAAAUGCUGCAGAACUUCUGGAGUUUGCUGCAAUGUAUAACGCUGAACAAUUAAAAGUGUCCUGUCUACAAUUCAUAGGCCUAAAUAUGCCAGCUUUGCUUGAAACAAGAUCUCUGGAUAUUCUCAGUGAUGAAGUGCUGAAGGAACUUUCAAUUGCUUAUCGAAAUAUGAUUCCAGCAAUGCAAAAAAGAAUUAUUACACCAUAUCCAGAUGGCCCAGAUAUCAGUUUUCUCAGAGAAGGGAUUGAUGAUAACUGUGCAACCGGCAACAUUGAAUUGGUCAUGGAGCAAUCUUCCAAAGAAAAGCUUCUCAAAAAGGCGAAAGCAAAGGCAAAGAAGAAACCGAGACGACGAUCUGACAGUUCAGGAGGAUAUAAUUUAUCUGAUCUCAUUCAGAGCCCAACUUCAACAGAUUUUUUAAGACCAGCUAAAACUAAUUCAGUGGAAUCCCUGCAAGAACUGUUGAUGUCCGAUUCUGAAGGCAGCUAUGCUGGCGGACUAGCCAGCCCCAGAGAAUUAGCUUCACCUGACUUUGCAGCUGGAUUCUUGCAAGAGAAAUCAGAGGUUGAAGAAAAAGUUUCAGAAAGAAAAAGUCCAACCGAAGAGGCAAAAAUGAAUGAGAAAUUAUUGCCUUCUAAGAAGGAGUCAAACCCAAAAUUCUCCUUUGGAUCUAGCUCUAGUAAUGCUUCAGGCUGGACUACUGGUUCUCUAAGUCCUGCAAGCCCUCCCACUGUAGGCCUACGAGCAAUAAUGGAAAUGGAAGAAAAUAUACAAAAAUGUGUCAAUGCGCCAAAGACCAAUGCAAGUGGGAAUAAAUCAUUGUGCCAUGGAGGAAAGCUCUCUCAGAAACAAAGGAAGAUGAUUGCAAUGGCUACUAAAGAACCAAGCCCAAAUAACAGACUGGACAGCCCUCCACUAAAAUCAAAUCUGAUUGCACAGUUAACUCCAUUAAAGACAGGAAGUGCUUGGGCUACUCCAUUCAAUGGACUUACCUCCCCAAAAUCAUUCCGUGACCUCUUGGUAGAAGAAAAGUCUUCAGAGAGAACAGGCGAUUCCCUGCCUUCCAGCUCGUGGGAACAUAAUUCUAAACUACAAGAGCAGCCUAACAACAAAUAUGAGCAACCCAUCAGUCCAUGGUCAAUGACAGUUGCUAAAAGUCAACCAACGAUGACUCCGAUUACUUUUGCGGCUAUUGUGGAAGAGGAACGUCGGCAAGAGGCUGCACUUGUGAGGAGCAGGGAGAAGCCACUGGCAUUGAUUCAGAUCGAGGAAUGUGCUAUCCAGGAAUUACUAUUUCACUAUCAUGCCUGUGCCAACCCGGAGGAAUUCAUUGUAAUAGAUAGAUCACCACAAAGGCCCAUGGCAACACCAGUAUGGAGUAAACACUGAUUUUUGCAACAUCUGUUUUGAAUUUACAAUAUUAUAUGGUCAUGAAGUUAAAUUGGUCAAUGCUUACUCUGUGAAAAAGUUACAUUUAUAAAGGAGCAAAGGUGCCCCUCUGUGUUGCAUGUUGUCGGAGAUCAUUUGGUGUGUUUGUUCUCAAUUGCUGUCAAGAAAAUGCUUUCAUCUGGAUUAUAUUCCUUUAUAGAUCGUCUUCAUUAGUGCUGAUCAGAUAUUGAUCAUCUUUCAACUUCACAAACAUUUCACACAGACUUUAAAGCAUGCAUUUAGUUGUCAUGGUGCUAAAUUGGUGGCUGAAAAUUCUGAAUUGGAAUGGUGGAUAAAUAAUGGGUUACAGGGUACAGAACAUGGGGUCAGUAAGAAAACACAGGAGCUCUGGAAGUAGCAUAAGAGGAGCACUCGGCCUAUUUUUUCUGAUCUUGGCUAGCUCCAGCUCCUGCACUAAAUGGUAGUGGUGAUCAUUUAGAGUCAUAAUCUUGUAGCGUGGAAACAAGCCCUUUGGCCCAACUUGCCGACACUGGCCAAUGCCCCUUCUACACUAGUCCCACCUGCCUGGCCCAUAUCCCUCUAAACUUGCCCUAUCCAUGUGCCUGUCUAAAUGUUUCUUAAACAUUGCAAUAGUACUUGCCUCAACUACCUCCUCCAACAGCUGGUUUCAUACACCCACCACCCUUUGCGUGAAAAAGUUACCCCUCAGGUUCCUAUUAAAUUUUCCCCCCUCACCUAAAACCAAUGUCCUCUGGAUAUUGAUUCCCCUACUCUGGGCAAGAGACUACCCGAUCUAUUCCUCUCAUGAUUUUGUACACCUCCAUAAGAUCUCGAGCUGGAACGAGCCAACCUCAAAAUUGAUUCAGUGGUAAAGCACCAGCAAAGGUUCAUUGUUCAUAACUCCUAAUUUCACCCAUAGUGUUAAUGGUAUUUUAUGCCUGAUCACAGGGACAAGAACAUUUGUGGGGGAGAAAAAUGCUGUUACAUUUCUUGAUAAUUAACUGAAAACAAUAUUGGUGAAGCCUCAGAAGUCAACCGCACUCUAAAUGCCGAUAGAUGAUAUUACUUUACAACUCGUCCAUACCUGCUUAAUGAAUUGCAUUCUUUUUUUUUUAACAUUUUCAAGUGCAUAUUUGCAAAAAUAAUGGUGCCGUUUAUCGUACAAAAGCACAAAAAACAUCUAAUAAUACAAUUUUUUAUAGAGCAACAAAGCCAAGCAAAAAUCAAAUUGAGCAUUGCAUUCUUCUUCUUUUCAUGGUUGGUUUAAAUCUAAAUUAAGUAAACUCCAGAUUCCUAUUGCUGACACCAAGGUUGACUUUACCAUUUUAGUUCUGGGUGCAGACAUGCUGGCAGCUUAGCUUGCCUGUGUACAGACUUAAAAUGGCAGCCUUUAUGACAGUAAUGGAUGCUACUUAUAUUUAACACUGUUUGCAGGCAAGGCGCUUAAGAAACUCCCACUUAAAGAACACCCAUGCUGCAUAUUGGCUUUUAAUUAAACUUGGCAGGAUUUGACUGCAAUUGUGUAGUUGGAAACAUUGCUAUUAAGUGUCAUAUGUUAAUAUGUUGCUGUUCCAGUGCAGUUCAAACGCUUGUUGGUUUUAAGAAUUGGUGAAAUGAGAAAUUCUAAUGAGAAAAACAUUAAUGUAAACAUGAUGUGCAUAAGAGUGAUAAUAAGCUUUUUUGCUGUUGCAAAGUUGAACAUUUAAGCUUGCACUAUUUUGAAAGUCAUAACUUUAUCCUUACUUUUUACAUUCUGUUCAGAAUGAGAAUACAUUAUAAACCAUCUAGUAGGUUUGAAAAGUUAUAAAUGGCAAGAUCAAAACAAAAAUUAAAUUGGUAUGCUAUCUAGCUUUCCCCAUUACUGUAUGUACGUCAUUUGAGACAAUGCAGGUAUUUGUGCUUUUGUGUUCGAGAGACAUUACCCUAACUGUGUAAUGGGUCUAGCUAGUCAUGCAUGAUUUAUUUGUGGACAUGUUUGUGUUUGUGCAACUGAGGUUGCACCUGUUGACUUUUCUGUACCAUUGACAAAAACGAUGUGAUUUUGGGCUCCAGCGAGUGAAAUGUUUGCUUCUUCUAAUUGUUCAUUUGCAAUUUAAACAUGACCACUUUUUAAGGAGAGUCACUGCACAAAAGAUGCCUUAAUGGCACUUUGAGAUGGGUUGGUUGUGUGUGUGUGUGUGUGUGUAUGUGUGUGAGCAAAAGUGUAAAGUGCUGGAGGAAUGCAGCGGGUUUGGGGAAAUUGACAAAUGUUAAUUUGGGUCGAAACCUGUCUUCAAACUCUGAAAUAAAGAGAUAUAAUUCAAAAAAAAUAAUUAAGAUGCAGUGUUCACAAUUUUUCAAUAUAUUUCAAAAAUCAUGUAAAUGUUUGGCCACGAUGGGUGGCAAGCUGGAAGUGAUAAAAGUAAUAAAUAUGCACUUGAACAAAUAA